UGCCCAAAGCAGACAUCUGAAGAAUUGUCUUCCAAUCGUGAUUCGAGCCUUACAAAUGCACCAGUGCAAAGCAAGCUAGUAUCUUCCUUCCAGCAGCACACAAAGAAAGCACUUAAGCAGAUACUGCAGAUUUACCAAGGCCGCAGUUGGAGAAUUCUGGCUCCCUAGCUGAAGCAUUUGAUCAGAUGUCUGGCAACAUAAGUGAUGAUUCUUGACAAAUUUUCCUGUCAACAAAUGAAAAACAAGAAAAAUGUGUUGCUUUUUGACUACUAGAGAGACAUGGGAAGGGACAGUGGAAUUUACAAAAUGCAUUCAGGAGAAUGGAAUUUCGAAGAUGCUAAACUAAACUGAUUUUCUGAUUGUCAAGACAAGUCUAGGGAAGAGGACAGAGAAACUAUGGCAGGGAGACUGCAUAAUGGGGAAAAGAAGCUGGAAGAGCAAGAGUUCCAGCAGGAGCUCUUCAGGGAGUACAUGCAUUGCCCGAAGGCAGGCUGCACGGCUUUAAGACAACAGCAGAAAAGAAGAAAUGGAGUCUCAAUGAUGGUAAACAAGACUGUUCCUCGUGUUGUUUUGACACCAUUAAAGGUGUCUGAUGAGCAGUCGGAUUCACCUUCAGGAUCUGAAUCUAAAAAUGGUGAAGCAGAUGGUUCUGAUAAAGAGAUGAAACAUGGACAAAAGUCUCCAACUGGAAAACAAACAAGCCAGCACUUAAAGAGGUUAAAAAAAUCUGGUUUAGGACAUUUGAAAUGGACCAAAGCUGAGGAUAUUGACAUAGAAACACCAGGAUCUAUUCUAGUGAACACCAACCUGAGGGCUUUAAUAAAUAAACACACCUUUGCUUCUUUACCUCAGCACUUUCAACAAUACCUCCUGCUUUUGCUUCCAGAAGUAGACAGACAGCUGAGAUUUUGGCAAGAAAAUCAAGAGAAUGAAUUUAAUCAUACUCACUAUUUAAAAGUGAGUAUGAUUAAAAGUGAGUGA